UCCAUCGCACCUCAUGCCUCUGUGGCCACAAGCCUGCUUCGGUUCUCUGCGCAAAGCAGGAUUUUACAAUACCUUCUGUGGAAAUGGACGCCGAAAAAGCUCCUGCUGUAGACGCUGAAGUGACCGGGGAGAGUAAAGAUGGAGCAGAGGCGUUUACGAAGGUGAAGUCUAAAAAGAAGACCCAGAAACGUAAACUUGAGCAAGACGGAGUGGACAUGGACACAGAGGAGAGCGUGGCCAUUAAACGGCCGCAGUUUCCACCGAUUUCCGGAGACAAAUUACGGGGACCAGAUGAGAUGCGUAAGAUCCCCGUUCCAGCUCACAGAUACACGCCGCUGAAGGAGAACUGGCUCAAGAUCUUCACUCCCAUCGUAGAGAACCUGCAGCUUCAAGUGCGUUUUAACCUCAAGAGCAGGAACGUAGAAAUCAAAACGUGCAAAGAGACGCAGGAAAUCAGCGCCCUCACGAAAGCGGCGGAUUUCGUCAAAGCGUUCAUCCUCGGCUUCCAGGUUGAGGAUGCCAUGGCACUCAUCAGAUUAGACGAGCUUUUCCUUGAAAGCUUUGAUGUCACAGACGUAAAACCUUUGAAAGGCGACCACUUAUCCAGGGCCAUCGGGAGAAUAGCAGGCAAGGGAGGAAAAACGAAAUUCACCAUUGAGAACGUGACAAAGACUCGCAUCGUUCUGGCAGAGACGAAAAUCCACAUUUUAGGUUCUUUUCAGAAUAUCAAGAUGGCCCGAACAGCAAUAUGUAACCUGAUUUUAGGGAGUCCACCUUCAAAGGUUUACGGUAACAUCAGAGCGGUGGCCAGCAGGACUGCGGAGAGAUUCUGAUUGGCUGCUACGCGGCUUCCUCUCCUCUCUUUCUGUAACUGCGAUGAGUUGAGUUCACGGACUGGCCUUCGGGAUGGGAAGCCGACACGUACGUCAUAAUUUUUGACGAACAGUGUUGGUCUCUGGAAGUAUAAGUUAUGUAAAUAAAUAUAAAAAAAAACAAUAAAGGAGGUUUAUUUCUGUCUGAAUAUUUUUAGCAGAUAAGCAGUUUUGAGGCUGAGGAUUUUAUAAAUGAUUAGGUUUAGGGAAAUAUUUGACAGCCAUAGUUGGGAUAGGAACCAUUUACUCGAAGUAAGACAACCCAUUUAAUUUUUUUAUCUUUUAAAAAUAAGAUAUGAAAGCAGCUCACUUUUAUGAAACUUCUUUAGAAAGUUCUGUAGACUAUAGAAUCAUGAUGUUGUCCAAAUAGUGAAACAUUAAUUGGACACUUUGACUUAAACACAAUGCAAUAAAACUUUUUAACUUUGGAACUUGCCAAAGUUCCAAGUUUUGCAUGUUUAAAAGCUGAGAAUGCUGUAAAUCAGAAUUUGUGAUUUCUAAAACUUGAUGUCAUAUUUUUGGAUAGACUGAAUAGUGACGCUUGCAGCAUCAUCUGUCAGUGGUGCAGACAAAUCACGACAGGACAACAUGUGGGUUAUCCACCUACAGCAGAAUGUCAGCCUAACAACUGACAUUUAACCUUUAUUUUCCUUGUUUACCGUUCUAGUGUGGACAUUGAGAAUGCAAUUCAUUUUAGGCUUUAUUUUUUAUUCAAACGCUUCUUGUUUAAUAAAUGUAUGCAAUUAAAAUCCGCACAAGGCUCAAAUAAUUACAUAUAUUUUGGAUCUUUAUCACCUGGAAAGAGCACAGAUCCUGUCCUGAAACGGUCUGUAAAAGUUAGAGUCUGAGGAGAGGGCAGCGUUGGUAGAGUCCAACUUGCACCAUAAAUGACUUACUUGCCAGCAAAGAAACAAAGACCAAAAAACAAACAAAAAAAAAAAACCCAACAAGAAUAUUUCAACUAAAUCUUUCUUUAGAAGUCAGAAAGAUGUGAGGAAAACAUGUUACUUUCAACAUUUCAAAGUUUAUUUAAAUUUUAUUUCAUUUUCAUACAGUAUCAAGUUUCCAACAGUCCCACAGCAUAAUAUGCAGCAUGCAGAAAAAGGAAAAACAAACAAAAAAAAAAAGGUUCUCAAACUUAAAUCUUUUCAGAUAUUCCCACGCAAACUAAAAAGAACCCAAUUCCCUCAGAGAAAAAAGUAGCACUUACAAACUAAAGCGCGGUCUGAACUAUACAGAGAACAGAGAGCCAGAACUGCAUUUAACAAAUACUUAUAUACAAAAGGAAAAAAAAAAAAUUAAAUCAAAUUUCCCCUUUAAGCUGAGUACAGUGUGUGGCAGUUUGAGACAGGAUCAGAUAUGCAACUUUUAC